CCUAUUUCCUGCAUUCUCCUGCCCAGCUCUGCCCUGACAUGACCUCACUCCAGCCUCUCUCUCCUCACAGAACCCACCCUCACAACGGCCAUUAACAGGCCGGUUUCAGCUAGUCGGCCACAAUGCACCAGGGCAUUCAUUACAUCCCUCCAGCCCUUCUUUCCCUCUCAUUACAAUAACAGACGCUGCCCCUCCCCACCACGGCUCAGAACCAAUCAGCUACUCAAACGUCACAACCAGAGCGGGACCAGAUAACGUACGCAGAGUAAAACAACUUUCAGGAAGCUGGACGGCCAUCUUUAAUACGGGCAGGAAGCGACUAGCCCUCAUGUUGGACGUUUCUUUCGGAAACAAAUGAAGAAAUAGCUGUCUCUAAAUCGUUCAAACUUUUUACUGAUACUAACCAGGUUCGUAAAUUAACAAAGAUGGCGAUUGAGGGAUUCUGAGAACGCUUUACGUCAAGCCCUUCCUGGUUUCUGGAUAGGAUCUUGGGCGGAGCUAUAGACUGAAUUCUUCGCAGCACAAUAUGGCGUCGGUGUGGGUGAGGGAUGCGCUCAGUGGCAGAUUGCAGUUGGUCAGGGUGGCUCCGGGGGCCGUGGCGUUGGAUUUGCUUUACCAGGAGGGGACGGCCAUACCACUGACUGACUUUUAUGUCAAGUGUAAUGGACGCCUGGCUGACCUUGAAGAGAAACUGCAGGAUGGACACACCUACAGCAUCGAGCCCCGACUGUGUGGGGGAAAAGGGGGCUUUGGUUCUAUGCUCAGAGCACUUGGUGCUCAGAUUGAAAAGACCACAAACCGUGAAGCUUGUCGUGAUCUCAGUGGGAGGCGACUUCGAGACGUGAACCAUGAGAAAGCGAUGGCAGAAUGGACAAAGAAACAAGCAGAUCGUGAAGCAGAAAAAGAGCAACGACGCCUGGAAAGGUUACAGCGUAAGCUGGCAGAACCAAAGCAUUACUUCACUGAUCCAGAAUACCACAAACAAUGCCAUGACAUGUCCGAGAGACUGGAAGAAGCUGUCAUUAAAGGGCUACAGGCCUCUUCUAGCGACGUGGUUUCUGCUGAGUCAGAUGAUACCCGGAAACGAAAGAAGGACAUGUAUGCUAGCAAAGGAACAUCUAGCAAAAAGAAAUGCUUUUGGACAGGACUGGAAGGAUUAGAAGCCUCUUCUAGCUCUGAUUCUGGCAGUGAUAGUGACCUUGAUGAAUCUCCUUGCUCAUCGUCCUCUGGCUCUAAACACCAUGAGAACAUUAAUGAGAGACUUGGUAGCCCUGAGUCUUCUAGCAGCUCAGAUGGAUUAGAGGAAGCCAGUUCUGCUGGAUCACACCAAAUGCUCAAAGGGCAAACCAGUGGCAGUGAAUCAGACAACAUCCUGGAGGGCCCCUCCAGUUCUGCUGGAUCACUCCAUGUUCCACAGUUGCAAUCCAGCUCAAAGGGCACUGAACACAUUCAGGAGCCACAAACCUGUCCUGCAGAGUCCGAACAAAAUGCAGAAACGCCGAACAUCUCAGAUGGAUCAGAAGAAAACCCAACAACUGUCACUAACAGUAAAUGUAAGAGUGUAACCAGCGCAGCCAAUACAGGACAGAAUGAACAGAUACUUGAUGAUGGGCACAAAUUUGCAUCUCCCACUCUUCUGGAACCCAAGUCUGAACUUCAGCAGUCAUCAAACACAGAGCCUUCGCCUAUAGACCUCGUGGCGUAUAAGACUGUGGCAGAGCUUGAAGCCCUGGGAUUGGAGAAGCUAAAACUGGAGCUGGUGGCCCUUGGCCUGAAAUGUGGUGGAACCCUGCAAGAGCGGGCAGCAAGGCUCUUUUCUGUUCGUGGACUUGCCAGAGACCAGAUCGAUCCAUCAUUGUUUGCUAAACCUGCCAAAGGAAAAAAGAAAUGAAGUGAUUCUAAAGACUUUAAUGCCCUCCUGGGGUGAUUGAAGAUCACCCCGUUUUUUUUUUUUACAGCAAUGCUGAAUAAAGUUUUUUUAGCCUAUA